GACGCCGCCGUCGAGCGCGCGGAGGCGGCCGAGGCCAAGAACAAGAGGCUCGAGCAGGAGCUGCUCUCCAAGGAGCAGGAGAUCUCGUCGCUCACGCACCGGCUCGGCGUCCUCGAGGGCGACCUCGAGAAGUCGGAGGCGAAGCUGAGCGAGCUCAAGUCGUCGCAGACCGAGGGCGAGCAGGCCAAGACGACGAGCGACGCCCUGCAGCGGAAGGUGCAGUUACUCGAGGAGGAGCUCGACACGGCCGAGAAGAACGUCAAGGAGACCGUAGAGAAGCUGCGCCAGGUCGACGUCAAGGCCGAGCACUUCGAGCGCCAGGUGCAGCGCGCUGAGCAGGAGCGCGAUCAGUGGGAGAAGAAGUACGAGGAAAUGCAAGAGAAGUACCGCGCAUCCAAGCAAGAACUCGACGAGCUCGUGGCGAGCAUGGAAGGUCUCUGA